GGGGUCUUGCUUCAGAAGUUUGUGAAGGUUCAUGAGAACAUACCGUAAAUACCGGUAUGAGUGCACCAACAACUUCUUCCAGUAGUGGCGAUCCAAGCUCACACUCUUCUUCUUCCCAAAGUCAAAGCCAAUCCGUCCCAUCUACUCUUGACACUGUGUCUACACAAGACGUUGUCGAUGGACUUGACGAUGGUCUUGUGGAGACUGAACAAAAUGUUCCUCAACCUUGGGGUCGAUUAUAUCCUAUUGGAAAAGGCUUCAAGCUAUUCGAGCUGUAUGAUGAUGACUAUUCUUUUGGUCGUGGGUCCAUGAACAAAAUGCAGUUUGAUUCAAGAGAUUUUCAAAAUAACCCUCACUACCAAGCAUUAAGUACAAAACAUUACAAGCUUUAUAGGGAAAAGAAUAAUAGUGGAUCAUAUGACAUGUUUUUGACAGAUUUAAGUUCUAAUGGAACAUUUCUGAAUGGAGAAAAAAUUGGUCGAAACCAAACCCAUGUUAUACAUAAUAAUGAUGAAAUCAGUCUGUCAGUAUUAUCAAACAAGGCAUACAUCUUUCAAGAGCUGGGAAAAGCAACUCAGGAUUUAGAGACCCUCCCUGAGGGCUUCAAAUCUAAAUAUAUCUUGUCAAAAGUGUUGGGCAGAGGUGCAUGUGGAGAGGUUCGGUUAUGUUUCACCAAAGGCAACUGUUCAAGACAUGCUGUCAAAAUUAUAAGCAAAAAGCAGUUCUCAGUCAGCACACAGGCAGCAUCUACCAAAGAUGAAGUAGAAAUUCUCAAAGCUUUAGAUCAUCCAACGAUCAUCAAGAUAGAAGAUGUAUUCGAGACUCCAGAUAACCUCUACAUUGUCUUGGAAUUAGUUGAAGGUGGUGAACUGUUUGACAGGAUCAAAAACCAAAGACGAAUUGAGGAGAAUUGUGUUAAAUUACUUUUUUACCAAAUUUUCAUUUCUGUCAAGUACCUUCAUGACAAAGGGAUUACACAUAGAGACUUGAAGCCUGAAAAUGUUUUGUUAGCAUCAGACAAGGAUGACACAUUAAUCAAGGUCACUGAUUUUGGACUAUCAAAGAUGGUUGGAGAGCAAAGUCUGAUGAAGACUUUGUGCGGCACACCAAGCUACUUGGCACCAGAAGUCCUGGCUUCCUCAGGACAAGGGGGUUAUUCGAAAGCUGUUGACUGCUGGAGUCUUGGAGUUAUGCUCUUUGUCUGUCUUGCAGGCUAUCCACCAUUCAGUGAUGAAAUAAAACCCUUCACUCUAACACAGCAGAUAUGUCAAGGGCUGUAUAAAUUCCAUAAGGUCUACUGGGAUCCCAUAAGUGAUGAAGCAAAAGAUCUUGUUAAGAAGUUACUAACAGUAAAAGCUGAUGAAAGAAUCACAGUGGAUGAAGCCCUGAAACAUCCAUGGCUACAGGAUGAUGAAGUUAUCUCAAAAGCAAAGAAGAUAAUGUUUCCAUCUGGAGAGGACAGUAUGCUUCCUCCUCAUUCCCGAGCACCAAAGAGAGCAAAACUGUCAUAAUACUAGUUAUCACAUGGAAAAUAUUAUCAUAUUAAAUCAUUUUUCAUUUUUAUUAUACAAGCUGGUAUUGUGAUACAUGAAGACUAGGUGAACAUGAUAAAUGUCUGCCAGAUCAAACCAAAAAGUGAACUAACWGUGAGUUAUCUAGGGGGAAAGAGUAGAAAAGGAAGACAGUUAUUUUCGAUUUUCUUAAAAUAGUAGAUCAUCAAAAAGUGGGAUCAUGUGUUGUAAAAAAUGCUAUAUUUUAAUCUAAUUUUAUUUUUCUUAUCAAGCGAAUCAAGCACAAUUUUCAUUAAAUAUUCAAGAGCAAUUAGCAUUAAUCCAAUUGCAAAUCAAUUAUACCAAAAUACAGCAAUUUUUACAAUCCAUGACCCCACUUUAUAGAUACUUAUGAGUAGUGGUCAAUUUUUGUCUGACCUGUAGAUUUGAAAUAAACUUUGCAAAAAUGUU